AUGGCAACAGGAGUAAAACCUCGUGACGAUGAAUCUAUUCUUACGAGAACAGAUCUGGAGGCUAUUCAAGAAGCUAUGAAAAGUAAGACAUUUCGUGAUAUGCUGACUGAGUACUGCGACGAAGUACGUGACCCGGCGAAUCAAGCCCUCUUUCAGAAAGAAAUGACCCAACUAGAAAAGGAACGUGGCUAUGAUAUAACAUUCAUUAAUCCAAAAGGUGGCUAUGUUAUUAAAACAAGCGUCGCUGGCGAUAGGAAAGCAUUUAUUAACAUUUGUAGCAAUGAGCACAUUGGUAAACCGUCAUAUACCGUUGAAAACAUAAAUGGUCAGAAAGGUAUGAAUUGGCAAAUUCCGUAUUCCUUGAUCCCUCCCAGAGAAGAUUUCGAUAACAAUAAACGGCGGUGUGUAAUUUAUGAUGUUGUUUUCCACCCUGACACUUUGCGCAUGGCAGAGGUUAACGAACGAUUUCGUGAAAUUGUAAACAAAACUGCCUUGGAUGGUUUACAAACUACUUAUAAUAUAAAUUUGGAUAGUAACAAUUGUCGUUUUCCUAAGUCAUUAUAUAAGGGAAUGAUAAAUCCCGCAGUUGUAAGAAAAGAAGACCCUACUUAUAAACCUCCAACUGAAGAAGACACUGAAGACAUUUCUCAAGAACUGUUAGAAAAAUUGUACCCUCAACAUAAUUACCCAGAAAAUAUUGAAAAAUCAUCAGUUAGUAGGGAAGUAAAAUUAAAGGAAAAAAGAAAAAAACAAAUUAUUAACAAGGAAUUUACAGAUGUUAUUAAUGAUGGAUAUACGGUACCAAAAUAUAUUUUAAAACAACAAAAAAACGUGGACCUUCAAGAAUAUACUUACCACAAAGAUUGUAAGCAAUAUUCUGCUAUUCCAAGUCAUUUGGUGGUGGAGAUUAACCUACCUUUGAUCUCUUCUACUAAAGAUUGUGUCUUAGAUGUUGAUGAAAAAUCAUUAAGCUUAUUAUCAGAAAAACCUGCUAAAUACAAACUUAAUUUGACACUUCCUUAUUCAGUAGAUAAUAAAUGUGGCAGUGCCAAAUUUGAUAUAACACAGCAUGUGCUAAUUGUGACUCUACCAGUUAUUAGAAAUAUGGAAAUAAAUGGAAAUUUAAAAAUGUUAAAAACAGACAGUGGUGUAGAAUGUGAGGAAAGUUCAGGAUCUCAAAGUGAAGAAGACACUUGUAAGGAACAAAAUGUUACAGAAAUCAGCUCAACGGUUGAAAAUUCAGAUUUAAAACCACCUGUUUUAGAAAAGAUGAUAAACGAUGACCCUUUCUUACAAGCAUCUAUUGCAUAUGUACUACCUCCAUACACACAUAACUUAUUAGAUGAUGUUAUAGCAUUUACUUUCCAUGUUAAGAAUACUGAACCAGAUUCAGUGGUGGUGAAAAAUGAUGGUAAUGAAAUUUGCAUUAAGUUUACAUCAAUUGGAUCAGGAUUUGUACCAGUGCAUUAUGCUGCUAUUGUUGUGUUUGAUCAAAAUAUUAAAUUUAAGAGUCUUUCUGGGGAAGCAUGGGAUAAUAAUGUGAUCCUUCAGUUAGAAGUAGAUGGUGACAUUCCCCAAAAUUUCCAUCUUGGCCUGAAUAAGGAUACUAUGAAUACUGAACACUUUGAUGUGUCCCAGCUGAAAAAGACCCUGGAGGUUAAACAAAUAACUGAGAUUGUUAACCCUCAAGAGAAUAUUCAAUCUCCUACUGUUGAAGUUACAAACUUAGGAUCAGAGACAAAUAUUGUUGUUUCUAGUUGCAGUAAGGAGGACGAAUAUCAUAAGGGGAAUGAAAUUGUUUGGACAGAUUCCGGUCCAUGUGAAAAUGGUGCUAAAAGUAUCCUUCGUAAAUCAUUUUCAAUGACGCAUAGCUUUUCAGAAUCAAGCAUGGGAGAUGUUGCAUCAUCCAUGGACUAUAUAAGCUCUGAUUGCAUCCCAGAAGAAUCCAGCUUAAAAAAGACUGUUAGGUUUAAUGAUGUUAUUGCUAAGCAAUUUUACAGAUAUAACUCUUCUAUAGAAGGCCAAAAAAAGAAAAAUCAACGGAAGAAGAGUAAAAAAAGAAACCAAGAAAGGUGCAAAAGUGAGAGUGAGGCGGAGGAAGAAACAAACAGUUCGUUUAAGACGUCUAAAUCAAGACUAAAAGCUGUUCUAAAGCAGAGACGAGACAGUGGGUUAGCUGACACAUCUGAUGCAGAAGCUGAGUGUAAGAAAUUACCAUCAGACUCUGAGGUUUCUUGUGAUAACGGCUGCUUAAAGAAGAAUAGAGAGGAUGCUGUUAAUGAAAAUAGUAAAGGAUGUUCUAAAAACAAUGUAGAUAAGAAUGGAAACUCAUGUAAAAAAUUUGAACAGCAUUUAUCAAAAAGUAAAAAUCUAACAACUACUGAAAUUAAGAAACCCUUAAAUCCAGUUACUUGUGAUAACAUCAAACAUAAUACUGACCUUUACAAUCCUGACAAAUUAAAUAAAGGUCAAUAUCAGGAAGUUAAUUUUAAAAAUGAUCUCAUAUUUGAUUUAGAUAUGUGA